AAUAUGUCAUUAGCACUGACCACCCCUAUGUUAAAAUGGAACAGUCCACAGUAAACAAAGAUGGCUGCCUAAGUUUAUUUUUCCAUGAGGACUCCAGAACCAAGACUUAGUUUUCAGUGGACUUGAUACCUAUACUAACCAUUUAGAUGUGGCAUCUUCAUCAGGGAACUUUUGGAGAAAAUGCUGAGUUGGUAUAACCAAGGAGGUUUAUAAAGUAUGACUAUGAAAAAAGAGAAUGAUUAUGAUUUGUAAGGGGGAGGGGCAAAUUGCAAAUUAUUUGUCUUGAGAAUGUAAAACCAAUUUGAAUUCCACUAUGAUUGAUCCAAGCACAUACAGCAUUGCCUACUAUUUUGCAACAUUUGUUGCAAUUUGUAUUGCAACUUGGUGGUAUUGCAGUAACAUACAACGACACAGGACUGCAAUGCAGAAUUCCUCGGGGGAAGGAGCCUAUUCCAAGUGUACUUCACCUGGGUGCCUCCGCUGUCGCAGUAACAGCAAAGCUAGGGGACUGAUGCUGCAGAAGUUAGUGAGACACUUCCAUGACAACAACCUUCCCAUUGGUGCAGUACAGAGGGUCAUCAAGGCACUACAACAGAAGGACGAUGACUUGGAAAGAGAGGGACAUGCCAUGCAGCAACCUACAGUCCUGUACUUGCAAGACCUGGACACAAAACUAGUGUGGACUGACAGUAUCAUGUUGGAACAUGAUGUGAAAACACUGGAGAAAAAUGCAGAAAUUUUACAGUCGGAAUUUUCUGCGAUCAUCAGAGAAAAUGGAUGGAAAAUUAACAACACCCCAACAGGCCAAUGGAAGGCACUGUACCUCAUCAAUCAAGGGGUUCGAGUCCCAGAGACUUGCCAGAAAUGUCCGAAGACGGCAAAGAUUUUAGGGAAGCUGAAGUUUCUGAUGAAUGACAGUGGUUUUGGAAAUGCCUGCUUUUCUGUGGUUGAUCCUGGGACUCAUAUCACAGGGCAUUAUGGGCCAUGCAACAUACGAGUUAGGUGUCAUCUAGGCUUACAGGUACCAGAAGAAUGUUCUAUCACAGUUGGAGGGCGGAGACUGACGUGGACGGAGGGCAGGUGUCUACUCUUUGAUGACUCCUUCUUCCAUGAGGUGCAUCACCAUGGCAACCAAAAGGACCCACCCAGAGUAGUUUUCAUGGUGGACUUUUGGCACCCUCAGGUGACCAACCUGGAGAGGAAAGCACUCAACUUUCUGUACCCUCCUCAAUGAAGUCUGAGAACAAGAGAUUGUGGCAAAAUCUGUUGUACUUUUCACUGUACCACUACCAGCAUUGUCUGCUAUACAGUGAAGGAGCAUAUUCCCUAGUUGUACAAUACAUGAUAUCUACAGUCAUGUACAUGCAUGAUGGUUGCCAAUGUGAUGUAUUCAGUUCAUGUAUUUUGGUUGUUUUUUUAGAUACUCAAACCUUGUUACCUGAUGUAGAAGCAGAAAAGAAGUAAAAUGUAACUUUUAAACUGUGCUAGGUUUCUGUCAGGAGAUACACGUACUAAAAAUCAAAACCUUCCAAACUCUUUGUUACUAGCAGUCUUAUUGUCAUGACUUAUGCAUUAUGUUCAUUUGUCUAAAAAUCAUGUGCCAUUGUUUAGUGGAAUUGAAACUGGUUUGCUUCAUAAACUGAACAUUCAGAUAUGUCAUAUGUUAACAAAGUGUGCUUCCUUAUGUACGUUGGUUAGAUAUUUUUGUCAUAAUAGAUAUUGGUUAUUCAACUCGUUUUGUGUCUUCUCAGUUGCAUAUGUAGGAUUUGUGUAGGUAAGGAAAUUCUGGGGAAAAUUUAUCUAAAAUAAAUGAAGUCUAUAUUGUGUGAGAAAGACAACACCUGUUGCCACUUUGGUUCCAACAUCUUCCACACCACAUAAUAUGGCAUAGUAAUCAUACAUGAUUGCUUGGACAAGUAGUUGGAUGAAUGGAUUUUUAAAUGAAGCCAAAUACACAGCCUUAUCAGUGUGAUGCCCACUUUUAGAUUCCUGCAAACCUUUCUUAGCUACAGUUUUGUUGCUUGGUAACUGGAGCUGUGUUCAUCAAUUAUUUAAAUGAAAAUUAUGCUUGCAUAAAGGCCACUCUGGCAUCAAAGUAUACCAGUU